CUGUUUUAGACAAGCUGAAGCAAUUCCAUUCCACUUUAGUAUUUUCAACUUGCAUUAUGCCUUAAAAGUUGGGUUGAGGAUUUUCCCUCGGUUUUGCUGCUUUACCUUUUCGCAAGCUGCUUUGGGUGGUGUUGUUGUUUUUAACUAUCUUGCGAUGUAUACAUUUUACGAAAGAAAAGCAGAAUAAACCAGGGCGUGGCAGGAGGGGAUGCCAAACGUGGUGGGAAGAAGAUUCAAGGACAAUCCCAGAAACAUUCAAACGUGCAGAGCCGCAGUGCCAGUUCACUUGCAGAAUAUUUUCAAAAAAGAGCAUCGGGUGAUAUUGAGGACAAUCCUAGUUAGCGAUAAAAAAAACAUCCGGUGCGGCGCGGAGAAAUGUGCAUUCUGAAAUCGUGCCCCAGAGUUGGGGGUCGGGAAUUUGAGAACCACUGAAAUAAACGAGAUAAAUUCCGUGGCGCCGCUUGCAAAGAGCAACUUCUUCUUCCAAGGCGCCGCCUUCGCGCCAAAAUUAAUAAUAAAGAAACUGAGGCGGAGAAACGGUCGAGAUGCCGCCGGGAGUGGGGGGCGGCUGAGGGGAGGCUCCUCGGGUCGCCUCAGGCGGAGGCGGAGCGGGGGGCGGCGAGGGGCCGGCCGGGCCGAGGAGGCGAGGCGAGGAGCCCUGUGGGCCUUUGUCGGGCCUUUGUCGGGCCUGGGAGCCUGCGGCGCCGGCGUCGGGCGGGGCGGAGCCGAGGAGGAGGAGAGGUAGGGAGGCGCGGGCGAGGGGAAGGCGCUGGAGGAGUCCGGCCGAAGGGGACGGGCCGCCCGGGGUGGUGCCGGCAGAGAGAGGCUCGUUUCCCCGUUGCCCGGAGGAGGCCCCUCCAGCCCCGCCGAGCAUUUGGCAUCUGGUUCAGGGAAGCUUUUAAUGUUUAAUAGGUUAUUGUAUUUUAGUGUUUUAGCCGCCCAGAGUGGCUGGGGGGGGGACCACGCCAGAUGGGCGGGGUAUAAUUAAUUAAUUAAUUAAUCAAUUAAUAUCUCUGCACAUGGGACCACGCCAGAUGGGCGGGGUAAAAUAAAUAUCUAUCUAUCAUCUAUCUAUCUAUCUAUCUAUCUAUCUAUCUAUCUAUCUCUGCACAUGGGGGCUUCUCCCCCCGCCCGCAAAACCCGGGGGGGGGGGUUGGUUCAGCAGACUUUACCCCACCCCGGGGGGGGGGUUCACUUGGAGGCCUCCUCCUUUUAGCCCCCUGGGGUGCCCAGGAGUGGGGAAGGGGUGCUGGGGGUGGCUCAGCUUUUUUUGCUGCUCAUUUACUCCUCUGCACCCAUUUCCCACCAAGCUCCACCCUGGUUCCCUGAUGCAGACCCUCCAGCAUUUCUCCAAUGAAAAUGUUGUUGUGGUUGAGUCGUGUCCGCCUCUUCGUGACCCCCUGGACCAGAGCAUGCCAGGCCCUCCUGUGCUCACAGAGCACACAGGGAAUUCUCCCAAAGAUGCCCCAUUGACGUGGAUGUGCACUGUGCAAGAACGCAGUGAUGCUCCCAAGGCGCAUGGUUCAUGCCAAUGGGGCAUGCGCAGAACGACCUCCUAGCACAUAAGCUUUGUUAAGCUGCUUGCUUUAGCGUUUGGCAGAAGGGUUGUUGUUGUUUAGUCGUUCAGUCGUGUCCGACUCUUCGUGACCCCCUGGACCAGAGCACGCCAGGCACUCCUGUCUUCCACUGCCUCCCGCAGUUUGGUCAAACUCAUGCUGGUAGCUUCGAGAACACUGUCCAACCAUCUUGUCCUCUGUCGUCCUCUUCUCCUUGUGCCCUCCAUCUUUCCCAACAUCAGGGUCUUUUCCAGGGAGUCUUCUCUUCUCAGGAGGUGGCCAAAGUACUGGAGUCUCAGCUUCAGGAUCUGUCCUUCUAGUGAGCACUCAGGGCUGAUUUCCUUCAGAAUGGAGAGGUUUGAUCUUCUUGCAGUCCAUGGGACUCUCAAGAGUCUCCUCCAGCACCAGAAUUCAAAAGCAUCAAUUCUUUGGCGAUCAGCCCUCUUUAUGGUCCAGCUCUCACUUCCAUACAUCACUACUGGGAAAACCAUGGCUUGAACUAGACGGACCUUUGUUGGCAAGGUGAUGUCUCUGCUUUUUAAGAUGCUGUCAACAACGGGACACGGGUGGCGCUGUGGGUUAAACCGCAGAGCCUAGGACUUGCCGAUCAGAAGGUUGGCAGUUCGAAUCCCCGCAACGGGGUGAGCUCCCGUUGCUCGAUCCCUGCUCCUGCCAACCUAGCAGUUUGAAAGUACGUCAAAGUGCAAGUAGAUAAAUAGGUACCACUCCAGCGGGAAGGUAAACGGCGUUUCCAUGCACUCUGGUUUCCGUCACAGUGUUCCAUUGCGCCAGAAGUGCUUUAGUCAUGUUGGCCACAUGACCCGGAAAGCUGUCUGUGGACAAACACCGGCUCCCUCGGCCUGAAAGCAAGAUGAGCAUCACAACCCCAUAGUCGCCUUUGACUGGACUUAACCAUCAAGGGGUCCUUUCCCGUUUCCUUUACUUUAUGCAUCCUGCCAACCUAGCAGUUCAAAAGCACGCCAAAGUGCAAGUAGAUAAAUAGGUACCGCUCCGGCGGGAAGGUAAACGGCGUUUCCGUGCGCUGCUCUGGUUCGCCAGAAGCAGCUUAGUCAUGCUGGCCACAUGACCCAGAAGCUGUACGCCGGCUCCCUCGGCCAAUAAAGCGAGAUGAGCGCCGCAACCCCAGAGUUGACCACGACUGGACCUAAUGGUCAGGGGUCCCUUUACCUUUACUAUUCAACAACAACAACAAUAAGUGCUUUUAAAAAAAUGUUUAGGGGCACUCUCAUUUUGACUCAAGAAAAUCAUCAUUAUAUAGUUCAAAUCGGGGAAAAUAAAUGGACAGUAAAUGGACAAAAAGUAUAAAGAUUCACAAAAUGUUUAGGGGUAUGUGUCCCCCCAGAAAAAAGCACUGAUAAUAAUAAUAUUUAUACCCCGCCCAUCUGACUGGGUUGUUCCAUCCACUAUGAGCAGCUUCUAACAUGCAUAAAAACAUAAUAAACAUUAAGCAUUAAAAAAUUAACUUCCCUGUACAGGGCUGCCUUCAGAUGCCUUCUAAAGGUUGUAUAAGUUACUUCUCUCCUUGGCUUAGGGGUCACAUAACUCGAUACUGUCCAAAUUUCCAUACCCUCCACAACAUUUCUCCAGUGAAAAUAGGGACAUCCUGUUCCAGAAUAAUGAUAAUAAUACUCUUUGUGGCUUCCAACACAUAUAAAAACAGAAUAAGACUAUAUAGGUCUGCCUUCAGAUGCCUUCUAAAGGUUACUUAUCUCCUUGGUUCAGGGGUCACAUAACUCCCUGCCGUCCAACAUUUCUCCAUUGAAAAUAGGGACGUCCUAAAGAAAAGCGGUACUUUCCGGGAUCAAAUCAGACACUGGGACAGCGCUUGUAAAUCCAGGACUGCCCCUGGAAAAUAGGGACACUUGGAUCGUCUGCUGUUCUCUCAGCCUGAUCCAACAGGAUAAUGCACUACCACCAGCAGCAGCCAUUUCAUAAGGUUUUAGGCUGCACUUCCUAUGUCUCAAGACCAGGUCAUUCAAACUAUAUUCAUUUAUUGCAUUUAUGUCCCCAUUUUUCCUCCAAAGGAGCUCAAGGUGGCAUAACAAUCAGGAGGAGGCUGAUUAGGGGCUGGUGGUUUCUCCUUCUUCAGCCAUGGAGGGGAAAGAAGAGGGCAGUGGCAGUAGCAGGAGAGGAGCCACCAGCAUUGAAGCUGCGCUGCCACUGGGUUCAGCUCCGUCCCCUGGUUCCUCCUGAUAUUCCUGUAUCACACAUAUGCCAUGUGUGCAUCAUCAUACACACACACCAUCUUCUGCUCAAGUUGGCACCUCUGCGCUGAACUGCCUAUAAUUAUUCAAUAUUUGUCCCACAAGUAACAGUAUCUGGUCACUCCUGUUCUACACCACACUUGAGGCUAUUGCGUUGUGGGCCCUUCCUCUACAGCAGAGCUUUCCAAAUUGUGUGUUGCAACACAUUAGUGUGUCGGCUGCAGUGUGUAGGUGUGUUGCACGAAUGCUCCCCGCGCUUCUCCCAGGUGUGGAAAGGGGUUAGUUUAACCUCCACUUUCCUAGUGAAACUGAAUUACUGCAUCGCGGAAUGAUGCAUGUCUAAAAAGUGUGUCACCAACAUGAAAAGUGUGGAAAGCUCUGAUCUACAAGGAAGAGGGAUGAUGAUGAUUUGCUUAAUGCUGAAAUUGCACAGUUGUGGGUUUGUAUAUACAGCAAAGAGUCUCAUGGUACCUUUAAUAAUAACACAUAUAUUUAUUUAUUUAUGCAUUUAUUUAUUUCGUAAGAUUUAUAUACUGCUUAUUGUGAAAACCAACCAACCAACCGCAAGGUGGUUUCCAAAGAGAUUUUAAAACCUUACUUUCCAACCACUGGAAAUGACCACUGGGGGGGAGCACAAAGAGAAGAAACGAGUGAGGCAUAUGCACCAGCGAAACCAGACACCUUCAUCUGCCCCACCUGCAAUAAAACAUGUCUCUCCUGUAUUGGUCUCUACAGCCACAGUAGGUGCUGGAACUCUCCAGCGGUUUGACUGAAACAGAUUAAAAUUACCUCAGUUUUCUAAGGAUCUGGGUAGGUUUCUAAACAAGAACGUUUAUCAUGGCAUAAGUAUGUGGACGAGUGUCCCUUUUAUCAGAUACCUGAAAUGCUAUCCUUACUUGGCAGACACAGAAGAAAAAAUGUAAAAAGUGAGUUCUGAGGAAAAGGGAGGCGGGGACACCAGACUGUGACAAUUACAUUAAAACCUAAAUGUAUGUAAAUAAGUACAGCGACCAUUCAAAAAUGAAAAAUCCUGGCAUUGGUAGAUUGCAGCAUAAUCCAUUCCUAACCAUGUCUGCUCAGAAAUAAAUUAUUUUGAAUUCAAUGAGGCUUAGGCUGAAGUAAAUGAGAUUACAAUUGCAGUCUUAAUUAGCACCUGUAAUGGGAUAAAAACCUGUUAUCGUGAUUCAGGCUGCACACACACACACACACACACACAGUACCCAUAUCCGUUGUAACAAAGUGCAUUGUGUUUUGCGGGGCAGAAGGGAGGUGUGUUGAAGGGAUUGAAAAUUUAAUAAUUGAAUUUGCAUUAUUUCUACUAGCAGAUUCAAUUAGCAAAAUGUCCAGGCAAUUGAGUGCAGUUCUUGUUCUCUGUCCCUCUCUCACACUUUUAAAAGAAAGCAAUUGUGAUACAAAAACUUGUACAAUUCUGCACAUACCUACCUGGGAGUAAGUCCCAUUGAAUUCAGUGGAACUUACUUCUGAGUAGACAUGAACAGGAUCCUGCUGUGAACAGGGAUUUUUUUAAAAACAUGCUAGUAUACCAGUGAAUUCAUUUAUGAUGAGAAAUACACCGGAUAAUUAUAAAACUGCUUUGUGGCCAGAGAAAUACAGCUUUUUAUUUGACAGAAUGAAUAAAAUAUGGAAUUAGUGAAUUGAUGUCCACAGUAUUUAAUACAUAAGAAACCCACAGUUUUCUUCAUAUUUGGACAAAUGCAGGUUUUAUCCAAAGAGCUCAAGGCGAUAUACAUUGUUAUCCUUCAUCCAUUUUAUCCCCACCAGAACCCUGUGAGUUAGAUCAGACUGGAGAAAGGAAUAAUAGGCCCAUGGCAAUUGCUAUUGCAUGGGGAAAUGGUGAUGUUAACCUAGGUCUUCCAGUUAAAGUAAUGGAUUACUUUGUGUGUGAACUUCAGCAGGUGGAUCCAUACAAUCUUUUCUCACUGCAAAGUAAUUUUUGCAGCCACCUUGUGGAGAAUAUCUGUAUUAACAUACCCUUUGUUCAAUGGAUUGAGUUUACACGGGUUUAGCAGGAAAUGGGAUCUAAGUAAGGAAUUGUUGACACUGUUGGGCAAAUGCAGCCAUAAUCUUUGACUGUUGGUGAUCUGUCUUCAUGUUCUGCUACCCACACAGAGCUGCUUCAAACCAAUAGAUACAGUGGUACCUCGGGUUAAAUACUUAAUUUGUUCCGGAGGUCCGUUUUUAACCUGAAACUGUUCUUAACCUGAAGCACCGCUUUAGCUAAUGGGGCUCCCGCUGCUGCCGUGCCGCCGGAGCACGAUUUCUGUUCUCAUCCUGAAGCAAAGUUCUUAACCCGAGGUAAUAUUUCUGGGUUAGUGGAGUCUGUAACCUGAAGCGUAUGUAACCUGAAGCAUAUGUAACCCAAGGUACCACUGUAUAGGGUGUAGUGUUUUCUACUCUGAUGGUGGGCAGAGACUGCCGAGAGGGCUGGGUCUACAACUGCCUUCCCACAAUGGAGAAAGAUGGGCAUCUGUCUGUCUUGGGAGACAACAGGAUACAAACUCCACCUAAGUCCCAAUAUCCUUCAAGCUGCCAGGAAUGCCCUUGGCAAUAGAGGCUCUCACUUUCCUCCAUUUAAAUGCAAAACUCCUCAGGACCAGACUUCAGUGGAGUUAAAUAAUAAUAAUAAUAAUACGGUAAUUUUAUUUUUUGUAUUUGUUCUCAAGACAUGACCUGGAUGGGAGUGGGAUUUGAGUGAAGGCCAAAGAGCACAACAGUUUCAAGCCAAACCCCAGACAGCUUACCCUGGUUAGCCUCCUGGCCGCAACUGCUUUCUCCUACUGGAAACUAGGAGGAAGUGCUUUUUGGUGGGCUCUUUCCUAAUCAAACCACUCUCUCAAAGGCACUUCCUCUCAGUUCCAGGCAUGCUGAGAGUAGGAGAAAAUGCAACUGUGGGUAGCAUGGAUAGGGGGUGGGAGGGAAAAAAGGGAGGUGCUUCCUUCUUUCCUCUCUUAUGUCCCUUCCACCCUGCUGUGGAUUUUUGAUGGACGCCACUAGUAAGUUACCGUUGUCAUUGUUAAUCUCUUGAUGUGCAGGGCGGCCUGUUCAAUGAUCCUGGAACGCAGAAGAUGCACGUCGGCAAGACAUCCUGACUGAAAACCUACGUGGUUUGCAACAGCAAAGUAAGUCAACCCGUAGACUUGAUUAAAAUUAAAUUACCUGCUUAUCCUGCCGCUGUUUCAGGAGAUACAAGUCAGUAUAUACCGGUGUCCCACAACCUUCACAAAUUGAGGGGAGCUGGGUGAAGAGAAAAAUACUUACUUCUUUGUGGCUUUUAUGUCCCACGUCUAUCUCUAAGGAGCUCAAGGUGGCAUGUGUGAUUCUUUCUCCUCCUUAUUUAAUCCCCACAGCAACUGUCAGGGAACUGCCAUCGGCUCAGGGGCGAGGGGGGAAAGACAGAUGGAUUACGGAGAGCCCCCAAAGAUCUUGGGAAGCAGCACGUCCUCAGCAGAGGAAGGAAGCCACGCCUCUAGUGGAGAGGAGAUGCAGGGCUCGGAGGAUGCAAGGCAGUGCCAGGACACCUUGCCUGAGCAAAGCGGGGAGGAGGGAGGUCUCCCUUUACCCAAGCCUUUCCUGCGCAGUAGGCUUUCGCGCAGAGAGGGGAGGUGUCGGCUGGGGGUCAAGAGACUACUCUGCUGGGGAAGAUUUAAGGACCGCCCACUCUCAGAUUCUGCUAGUGACUGAGCAAGACAUGGAAUAGAGACGCUCUGCAUUGUAAAGGUUUUUAGCACCAAUAAUAAAGCUCUAGAACAGACCAGUGAGGCAUCUUGCCUGAUUGCUAUUGAGCAACCACCCAAUAGCCCUAACAGCAACCCUGUGAGGUAGGUUAGCUGAGACGAAGAAGAAGAAGAGUUUGGAUUUGAUAUCCCGCCUUUCACUCCCCUUCAGGAGUCUCAAAGCGGCCAACAUUCUCCUUUCCCUUCCUCCCCCACAACAAACACUCUGUGAGGUGAGUGGGGCUGAGAGACUUCAAAGAAGAGCGACUGGCCCAAGGUCACCCAGCAGCUGCAUGUGGAGGAGCGGAGACGCGAACCUGGUUCCCCAGAUUGCAAGACUACCCCUCUUAACCACUACACCACACUGGCUCUUUGACCAGCCUAGGGUCACCCAUUAAGCUUCAUGGCCAAGUGGGGAGUUGAACAAUGGUCUGUCAGGUCCUACUCUGACACUCUAACCACUACACCACACUGUGCACAGUUGCACAGUGAAGCUGUCGUCUAAGUGUGGAUUUAAGCAUUAGUAUCAGAUCAGCAAAUGCAGCCGUCAAAGGUAUAGUGUUUCUUCAUUCCACAUCAUUAGCAUUCAAUAGCUGAGGUUCGGCAAUGAUCAGCCCAGCUGGGAACCACAUACUGAAUGAUGUAUGACAAUGAAACUGGGAGACUUGAGCACUCAGACCUUAUCAUAAGCAAGAGAUGGUCGUGAGCUGAGAAGUGAUAUUGAAUAUAUUAUUCAAUAGGGGAAACCAGCAGUCCAGUCCUGAUUCUGCUAAUCGCCACAAUUUCAAUUUUUUUUAAUCCAAUGCAAUAAAUCAUGAGUGUUUAGAACUCCAUGGUCUUCUCUUCCUUGACCUCCAGUUCCUGCAUCUUUCCAGAUUAAAUAUGAGCUUUUACAAAGGAGAGAAGUAAGGCAUCGUGUCCCCAUAGAACUGUCUUUAGACUGUUGCUUUUUAACGUGUUCAUAAAAUGAACUGGAAUUCGGGCAGAGCAGUGAAGUGGCCAGCUUUGCAGAGGACAUGAAACGAUUUCUGUUACAUAAAGCGAACAAACAAUUCAUAAAGGUGACAAAGAUUGCAAAUGGUUAGCAAUGGACUUUAGGCCAAAGAAAUAAUUUCUCCAGCUCAGUGGAAUGAGAGCAGGAGGAGCCCCAAAUUCAGGCCUAGUGGAAGCACGGUUCCAUUUCUGCCCCCACUUUUCCGAAGGAUAUCUAUAUUUUAAUAGCACAUUUGUGUGAAGGGGGGGGGGAUUCUGUUAGCUGCCUAGAACCAUCUUGUUCUCGGCUCAUUUCCUACGUUUUUCUGAGUCAUCCAGGAAAAGACUAAAACAUUGCUGAUUCAUUUCCAGAUGGCAAAAGUUGACGGUGUGAUAAAUGAGGACGCUGCCAGAUUUGAAAUUCUUUGGCACUUGGUAAGAUGUGUCCAUUCCAACCUUGUACGCCUGUUAUCAUCAGAUAAAGAAUGUAUGGUCUUUCCCUAUGCAUUACCCAAAGCUCUCUUGAAGUCUGGCACUUUGAAAAGGGCUUUGUGGUUUCCUAGGGUUCUAGGUGCCUAGGUAAAGGUAAAGGGACCCCUGACCAUUAGGUCCAGUCGUGACCGACGGUGGGGUCAUCUUGCUUUAUUGGCCGAGGGAGCCGGCGUACAGCUUCCGGGUCAUGUGGCCAGCAUGACUAAGCUGCUUCUGGCGAACCAGAGCAGCGCACAGAAACGCCGUUUACCUUCCCCUUGGAGCGGUACCUAUUUAUCUACUUGCACUUUGACGUGCUUUCGAACUGCUAGGUUGGCAGGAGCAGGGACCGAGCAAUGGGAGCUCACCCCAUUGCGGGGAUUUGAACCGCCAACCUUCUGAUCGGCAAGCCCUAGGCUCUGUGGUUUAACCCACAGUGCCACCUGCGUCCCUAGGUGCCUAGGAUGUGGCAAAAUGAGCCCAAUGUGGACAAGAAUAGGCCAAAGUUUUGACCUCUGCAUGUAAAUAGCAUUGAUUAUAAAACAACAUUUGGGAGAAUAUUGUUUUAAAGGAUAGAAAAGAGGUAAUACCAGAAAAAUCCAGUCUGCCUAAAAGCAUUCUUGGUAAUUAUUGUAGAAGGUUAAACAAACCUUGUCUUUGCUUUCAAGUUUAAGCUGCAAAGGAUGGAUAACACCUAAACAAUAUAUUGUCUCCUAGUGUCUAAAUCCAUUGCUACAAAUGCUAUAUUGAAUUCCACCCAAAGUAUCUCCAGAAAUGUAUAGCUGAGGGUAAAAGGCAUACAAUAAUAUGUAUAAUAUAAUAUAUUUUCUGUGAACUGCCCUGAGAUCUUCAGGUAUAGGGCGGUAUAUAAAUUCAAUAAAUAUAAUAAUAAUAAUAAUAAUAAUAAUAAUAAUAAUAAUAAUAAUUAGAUUUAACAUUAAAAACCCAUUUCCGUCUUGUGAAAACAAUGUUGGAAAGCUAUGAGAAAGGUAAAAACAGAAGUAAGGAGGAGGCAAAGAAACUCAUUUGUAAACCUUCUUUGAGAGACUGCUGUUAAUUUAUAAUUUUGAGGCAUAAAAUGUUCGCAUGUCUUGUCUUAUUUUCUUUUUGGUUACUGUCUGCAUUAAUUUUGUAUCGAACGAAUCCUUGAUGUUUACAGGGCCCAUGACUUUAAAAAUAUAUUCCUGUGGUAAUGGCAGGACUGAAAAAGUGGAUUUUGCAAGGCCUUAUGCUUUCCAAGAGCCUGGAAGGACAAGCACCAGUUAUCUAUUACACAAUGAUUCAAGGGCCUUGCUACAUUUGAACGUAUUUCUUAUAAACAUCAAUUUUGUCUGGAUAUCUGUCAGGACAUUUGGACGGUGUAUAUUGACUUAUGGUUGUAGCCAAGGCAGCACUAAAGUAACCAUCCUGUUAGCACAAGGAUAUCUGCUUGUACAAAAGGGUUUUCCUCUCUUCUCCCAGGCACCCCCUAGUCUGUUCUAGGGGGUCUCCCAACCUUCCAGAGCAAAUCUGGGGAGGGCAUGGGGUGCACAUGGGACAGGCGCCAUUGCCCAAGCAGAAAUAUUUGCACUAAAGGGGUGUGCUAAUUGAAUACUACUCAUCGCAUAUAUUCAAACUGAGAUUGCUGUAUUGAUGGUUACUGGAUUACUAAUGUGAGCUGAUGUUUUCUUUUUCUCUUUUGCCUUGUUUCCCCCCAUUUGUUUAUUUUUUGUUGUUAAAUUUGCUAUAAAAAUAUCCCAUUAAAUCUUUCAUCAUUAUAAAAGUAGGCAUUAAUAGUAUACUAUCUUAUUUAUUUGUUUGUUUGUUUGUUUGUUUAUUACCAAUGCCAUAUUGCAGAUAAGCAGCUCCAUAGAGCCAUUACAGUGGUACCUCGGGUUACAGACAUUUCGGGUUACAGACGCUUCAGGUUACAGACUCCACUAACCCAGAAAUAGUACCUCGGGUUAAGAACUUUGCUUCAGGAUGAGAACAGAAAUCGCACAGCGGCAGCGCAGUGGCAGCGGGAGGCCCCAUUAGCUAAAGUGGUACCUCAGGUUAAGAACGGACCUCCGGAACAAAUUAAGUUCUUAACCCGAGGUACUGCUGUACACUAAACAAGGGUUUGCAUAAACUGUUAUUUCAAACCCAAAUCAUGGUUUGGGUUUACAGGCACAUGAAAUAACCAUGAUUAGGAGCUGCAAGCCUUCUUUUGUUUCCAUCUGCUCAACAGUCGUAGUUUAAAAGGGAAAAAACCAAUUUGGGGUGGGGUACAGGUGCCCUUAUAGAUUGAGCAAUGCCUGUAAUUAGUUUUUCAAUUUCAACAUUGCUGGACAUAUAUGCACACCACACAAAGUGAAACCCAUGGUUUAGUGGAAAUGCACAAUAUAUUACUUAACCUUCUAGAAAGGAGACUGGUGCGACAUUGCUUCUUCACAGGCUUUUCAGCUCAGCACUGCUUAACUGCUUAGCAGUUAAGCAAAGGUUUUGCUUCAUAUGAGGCUGAUUGUGGUUCAAGUCUCUCUUCCUCAUCACAAUCUGUAACUGAGCCAAAGUAAAAGGGAGCUGCUCUUAAGAAGCCAGUGCAUUUAUGCGGUCACAGUAAGCCAUAAAAAGGUAAAGGGACCCCUGACCAUUAGGUCCAGUCGUGACCGACGGUGGGGUUGCACCACUCAUCUCGCUUUAUUGGCCGAGGGAGCCGGCGUACAGCUUCCGGGUCAUGUGGCCAGCAUGACUAAGCCACUUCUGGCGAACCAGAGCAGCGCACGGAAACGCCGUUACCUUCCCACUGGAGUGGUACCUAUUUAUCUACUUGCACUUUGACGUGCUUUCGAACUGCUAGGUCGGCGGGAGCUGGGACCGAGCAAUGGGAGCUCACCCCAUCGCGGGGAUUCGAACCGCCGACCUUCUGAUCGGCAAGUCCUAGGUUCUGUGGCUUAACCCACAGUGCCACCCGCGCACAGUAAGCCAUACUCCGGCUUUUUGGGAUGUGGAAACCAGGCCACAACUAGCACCAGCUGUGGCUUGUAACUUCCUUUCAAACUGUGGUUACUGAUUCUGGUUUGCUCAUGGAUUGCAAACCUUGACGUGUCCAUUCAGACAUCACAGCAAACAAUGGCUUUGGUGUGAUGCCUGAAUAUAGUUAUAGCAGAACCAGUUAUAUCAUGUAUUGUUUGACCUUGAGCUGUGUAUACAAAUCCUCAUGCAUUUCCAUGUUCUUCAUGUAGAACAUUGAUGGGGGGGAGUGGAGUGGCAGGAAAAGUAUUUCUGAGGAGAUUCUUGCAAUCUACUCCCAAGCUUCUGCUGCUAUGAAAUGUAAAGAUGCAUAAUAACAUUUUUCAUUUCCCCCCUUGUCCCUGUAUUUUGUUUUAAACAGACUUUGGGGCAAAGUGGAGGAGAUUCGAAAGCGGCGCACUCAGGGUCUUGAGUAAUUUUCCAGUUUUUGCAUGAAGGCACCAGGUGAAAGUUUAAUUGUUUUCAUGUGUAAAUUGGAUAAACGGAUUAUUUUCUCUCUCUGAAGAUACGAGGUGAACCGCUCUUCAUCUGAGGAAGCGUGUAUAGGGAUGGUGUCAUAUAAAUACUGCUAACAAUAAUUUCAGAGAGGUGCAUGUUGGAGAUGGGUUUGCAGUGAGCUCAGAUGGCCAUGUUGAAGGUGGGUUCUGACCUGGGAGAUGGGUAAAGUUUCUGUUACUGUGCUAGUGAAGGGGUUGUGUGGUUUGUUAUUUUGAUUAAUGUAUUGCACUUGGAAGAGAUUUUACAGACAUUUGCAGUAUCGUCUGCCUAUCUUUCUAUAUGUCUUGCCGUGAACAGGAUUCCUCAGCGUGACAUCUGUGGAUGGAACCAGUAGAAGAACUGUGUGCAUCUGUGCUCUCCAGUUCUACAGAAAGAGAAUUUAUAGGUGAGCUAGAACAGUCCAAAAAAAGAUAUUUCUAUCAAAUAUCUCAUCCUGGUCUCGCUUUAUGCACGGUGUGGCUGGAAACACACUUUCUAGCUGGUCUUCACUAAUCUUCAUCACUAAUGGCAGUACAGUGGAUGCUCGCGUUGCAAACGUGAUCCGUGCGGGAUGCACGUUCACAACCCACAGCGUCCGCAACCUGCAGCGCUGCAUCUACAUACGCGCGGAUUGUGAUUUGGUGCUUCUGUGCAUGUGCAAAGCGUGAUUUAGCGCUUCUGCGCAAGCGCCGAAACCCAGAAGUAACCCAUUCCGGUACUUCUGGGUUCAGCCCAGUGCGCAACCCGAAAUCGCGCAACCCAAAGCGCCUGUAAACCGAGUUAUGACUGUAUAGAUGUCCUCACUUUCUCCUUCCUCCUCUCUUCUGCAUCUUUGUCUCAGGUGGCCAAUUGUGUAGUUGUGCUUUCCUUAUGAGGCAACACUGGGGUGGGCGAGUGGCAGCACUGAGCAGCAUACGCUUCCUGCCAGGCCCUUCCCCUGAGAAAGAUUGGGCAGGGAGGAGACUGGGCAACUCCAGUUUCAAAUCCAUGUUUAUUUGGUGGGGAAGGAUUAGUCCCCCCCUUUCCCACUUCUCACCUUCAUGGGGUCAUUGCCAGCAUGAAUUACCUCUCUCCUUGGCUGUUAACUUGCCUGUGCCUGCCUCACACCCAUCUCCCCAAAGUCAUGCCAUGAAGUGUCUUCUAGUUAUUCCGCCCUAGCCUGUAGGAUUCUUAAAGUCCUCAGGGGGAAUGUCAUACCUACUUUUCAGGCUACUAUUAAUAUUAUUGGUCUAAAUCCUCCUAUCUGAUGCUUCUGCUUUCUAGGAAACUCUGAGAUCCCAAGUGAGUACGAGGAAGAGAUUCCUCCUGGAGAUGAUGCAGAGAAGGUGCAGCAAGAUGAGCUUCUACUGAGACAAAAUGAAGAAAAUGCUCCUCAAAGUCAUGGAGGAGCCAUUGAAGAUGAACAGAUGCAAGACAAUUGUCCUGAUCAGCAGCAUAAUGAAUCUGCAGAUCGAGGUGGUAGCCUGGGACUCCUCCAGGACAUCGUGUCUCCACCUGGGAUUCCCUUGGGAGUAGAACCUUUUCGUUACACCGAAGGUGGGGGGAGCGUCCAAUAUAAUUCAAGCCUUAAUGUCCAACCUGAGAUCACUCCAGUGGGAGAGAAGCCUCAUAAGUGCACUGAAUGUAGCAAGAGCUUCAGCUGGCGCUCUGACCUUAUUAAACACCAGAGAAUUCACACGGGGGAGAAGCCCUACAUAUGCAGUGAAUGUGGGGAAAACUUCACGGUGAGCUCUCACCUUUUUACACAUAGGAGAAUCCAUACCGGAGAGAAGCCUUUCCUUUGUCCCGAGUGUGGGAAAUGCUUCAGUCGGAACUCGCACCUUGUGAACCACCAAAGAACCCACACGGGAGAGAAACCCUUUGAAUGCAGCGAGUGCGGGAAAAGCUUCAGCGAUUUCUCAACCCUGACUCAGCACCAGAGAACGCACACAGGGGAAAAGCCCUAUAUAUGUGUUGAAUGUGGAAAAGGCUUUAUACAGAGUUCGCAUCUCGCAAGGCACCGGAAAACCCACAUGGGGGAGAAACCCUACAAGUGUGCCGAGUGCGGCAAAGGCUUCCGAUACAAGACGCACCUCGUACAACACCACAGACUUCACAUAGGAUAGGGAAGCAGGGGGAGGACGACUGCCUUGUCUAUAAAAGCUAAUGAAUGUUCUAAGUUUCAUGGGGAAAUGAAAUAAAGAAGGAACCUUAAGAAACGUAGCGUUUUUAACUGUAGUGAACAGAGGCCAGAGCUGUACUUUAAGUAGGAAACAUGUUUGCUGUGUGUAAACCGUUGCUUGCCAAGUCAGUGUUUAAACUAUGGGCGGCGUGUGUGUCUGGAAAGCCUAGCCAAAUUUACGUGGAAGGACUUGUGUGGCCCUGGGGCAAAAGCCAGUAGGGCGGCGCUUCCCCAAGCAACAGGGAGGGAGGCUGGAAGUUGCAAGUCAGGUAAUUUGGGGAAGUGAGUGAGUAUAGUUGAUGGAUUGGUGAGCUGGGUUAGGGAAGCAGAGUUCAACAAAGAAUGGGAACUUUGGACCUGUAGGGAUGCAGUCACCAAGACCUCAGCUGAUGUGCAGUAAGUGAGAGGAACACUUUGUUUGUCCUUGUUUAGCGAGUGGAAGGCAUGCUGUGUUGUGUAGUUGAUUCCCAAUGGUGAAUUUGGAAACCCCUCCCUUUUUCAUCUGCAGGUGGGAAAAUUCCCCUUCGUCUUUCACGCAAUGUCUCCCCUGAUUGCAUUGAUGUUUUCUUCAAAAAAAUUAUAUGUAUACGCAUGCUGCUCUAGGGGCUCAGCUGAACCUGGUGGGGUGGGGAGAGGAAAUGGAAGACCCUUUGAACAUGUUAACAAUGUUUACUUUUCUCUGAAAUAAAACCUUGGGGUUUUUUUAAUAUAAAAAA